AUGUAGAAGAACCCUUUGUUAGAUACAUUGUUAGAGACAUGGAGGGUGUGAGGCUAGGGGAGCAACAACAUGAGGAAGUGGAGGGGGCACAUAGUACUAGUAAUUUUAGUGUGGGAAGCCUAGUUAGGCGUUUGAAUAUUGGGUUGUCGGAGACAACGCCAAUUGAUACGGGUAGGUAUGAGUGGGGAUCAAGCUUCAGGGGUGGUGAUAAUAUAAGUUUGGGCGGUAGCAAUAUGGAUGGUAAUAGCAAGGGUAGCGCUGUAAAUGUUGAACAGGGUAGUAAUGAUGCACUUUCGGGGACGCAACCCGAAACAGCAGAAGUGGUUUGUAAUGUGAAGAAGAGUAGGAGGCGGAGAUGCACAAGGGCAAGUGUGAAGCUUGGUACUGAUUUUGAUGUGCAAAUUGUUCCUAAAGUCUACCCGCAUUAUAGGUUAAGGAUUGCGAAGUUUGUUUGCAACUACUACUCUGAUGACGAUCCUGUUAUGGUGAGAUGUGGUUCAUUAUCUGCCACGGUGCGGGAUUGUAAGAGUGUUGUUUGUGUUGAUAAAGCUUGUGUUGACGCAAAUUAUGUUAGGGUUGUAGCAGCAAUGUAUACAAAGUCAUGGAGGAAGAAAUUUGUUGGUAGCGUGCGUGUUAUGAUUGACCCGAUUAUUGCUAGUGGUGUUUUGGGAGACGACACGGAGUUGCGGUGGACCUGCUGCAAUGAGUUGAAAGGGGUGCGUGCUGAAAGAAUUUUUGUGGUCUUUAUUCCAGUUCUAGAGGGAAGUCAUUGGUGGGUGUCUUGCCGUAUCUGUGAAUACAGAGGAAAUAUGGGUGAUGGAUUCACAAUGCAAGAGACCGCUUGAGGCGCAUUGUGAAGCUAUUGACAAAUGGUAAGUAAUAAAGUUAAUGUAAUGUUGAAAAUGGUGUAAUUUGUUGUUAAUGUAAUGUGUGUGGUACUGUGUUAGGUAAUGGGAGGGGACAAUUUUUUUUGUUCAUUUGAUGUAAGUUGGAUAAGUGGUGAGCUAUGCAACUGGCCCAGAAAGGCUGUGAAUAUGGCCUCUUCUCAUCAAGGAAGCGGGAUUCAUAUGCUGCUUGCUAUAAAGGGAUGUGCAGCUCGUUUGAAGUUUGAUUGUUGCUUUGGUGGGAACAUAAAGGAGGAGAGUACUUGGCUGCUAACCGAAGAUGUAUUGUCCGAUGAGAACGAGGUGAAGGAGAGUGUUAAGGAAUGCUUGACAGGGUUUGAAAGAAGGUGAAGGAAAGGUGAAUUUGGCUGCUAACAAUAUUUUGUGUAGUUUUGUAUAGGGCAAAUGGCCAUUAUAUGGCCCAUAGUUUUGUAUAUGGCCAGCCAUAUGGGCAUUGUAUGGCCCAUAGCCCAUAGUUUUGUAUAUGUCCAGCCAUAUGGGCAUUUUAUGGCCCACAGUUUUUAUAAGGGCAUAGAAUGCUAAUUAUUGUUAAAUUGGAAAAGUAACAGAAGGUUGAAAUGAA